AUGGGGUGCGGACUUAGAAAGCUAGAAGACCCUGAUGAUAGCAGCCCUGGAAAAAUAUUUUCUACCCUGAAGAGACCGCAAGUGGAAACAAAGACAGAAUUUGCUUACGAAUAUGUAUUGCUGGAUUUUACACUACAAGCUUCAUCAAACCCAGAAGUCAUCAAGAUAAAUUCAAUUCUGGAUAUAGUAACAAAAGUAGAGGACUAUUAUCUGAAAGGAUAUAUCGUUGGAGCUAUUCAUCCUGUUAUACAACCUGUGGUGCAGCGAAAACACCUCCCUGCAAGUUACCUAUAUAGGGUGGUGCUGUCACGCUUGAAAUUAAGGCUGCGGCUGAGUUGCAGUUGCCCGUUUUGGGCCUUGCUCUCCGAUUUUGCCCCAGUUCUUUGUGGCCUUUUUCCAUUCCAUUUCAUUCUAACUGUGGAUGUUUGCACUUGCAACCUCCAUCAUAACUCUUUCUUUUCCUCCCAGAUUAAUGUUGCUGCUAAAAGAGGAAUGAAAUUUGUUGGAUUCAUAUCACAGCAUUAUUCACCGUCUAAAUUCUGCAAUGGAACCAGCCAUGAUGGAGACAUAGAAUCAAUGCUACAUGUGAGACACAGUUCAGAUGAAAACUGUAAAAGUUGGAAUGAAGGAACAUUAAGUGGACAAUCAUCUGAAAGUGGAAUUGAGGAAGAACUUCAUCAUGAAAGUGGACAGUAUCAAAUGGAACAAAAUGGCAGCCCCAGGUCCCCUAAAUCAAGAAAGGGAGAAGGCGACCAUUUGCCUAAGUCUUUGGAAGGAUUUUUUAUCUAUGAAGAAGAAGGUUCUGGAGUUCCAGGUUCUAGUAGGAAAGGAAAUGAUGCCAUUGUAGUAGAACAAUGGACCGUUAUUGAGGGCUGUGAAAUCAAAACGGACUAUGGCCCUCUGCUGCACACUCUAGCUGAAUUUGGAUGGCUCCUGACAAGCGUGUUGCCUACACCUAUAUUAAGACAUGACAGUGAAGGGAAUUUGGCUACCAAGCAGGUGGUAUUCCUUCAGAGGCCGGUUAUGUGGAAUUCAGCUGCACAGACACCAGAUAGAAAAGCCAGCCAGCAUGUAAAAGGUGAAGACAGGAACAAAGUCACCAGCAGGAGCAUCGGAUUAGACACAGCAGCGUCACAACCUGUAGAAAGCAGACACCCGCCUGAGGAGGGCCUCUUCUCUCCUUCCAGAGAAUGUUGGACAAAGGAGGAGAGGCCAGCACAGUACAGCAGCUUCUCUGGGUUCAGCAGCAGCGACAGUGUCCUCCGGGAAUUAGACGACGGACAGUUUGAUCAGGAAGAUGGAGUGACUCAGGUCACUUGCAUGUGAGUCACAAAGGCGACACAAUGGAAGGCCCUGUAAAUAAUUAUUAAAAUAAUUGCCAGCUGA